GAGGAGAGUGGAAGAGAGAGAGAGAGCUCAGGUGACGUACUGUACAGCAGCACAUCCCGGAGCAAGAUAGAUAGUAUUUAUAGUCCAGAGCGAGGCAAGGGUGCAGAGAUAAGGCUUGACACCAAGUCGCAGGACAGAGACGGACAGAGGAGAGAGGAGAAAUAGCAUACCAAAAUGAAACCGGUCAUUACACUAGUUUUAUUCGGGACUCUGGUUGCCUUGGCAGCAGUUAACGGAGCCGAUGAUGGAGAUAUCUCGUUCGAGUAUCAUCGUUAUGAGGAGCUACGGAAGGCUUUGGUGUCGGUGUGGCUGCAGUGUCCGUCCAUCACGCGCAUCUACACCAUCGGGGAGAGCUUCGAGGGCCGUGAACUGCUCGUUUUGGAGAUGUCAGACAACCCUGGAACGCACGAGCCUGGUGAGCCUGAGUUCAAGUACAUUGGUAACAUGCACGGCAAUGAGGCCGUAGGCCGGGAGUUGAUUGUGUACCUGGCAGAGUACCUGUGCAACCAGUACCAGCUGGGCAAUGACACCAUCAUCGAUCUCGUCCACAACACGCGCAUUCACCUGAUGCCCUCGAUGAACCCUGACGGCUUUGAGAAGGCCGCCUCGCAGCCGGGCGAGCUAAAGGACUGGUUCAUGGGCCGCAGCAACGCCCAGGGGGUGGACCUGAAUCGCAACUUCCCUGACCUCGACCGCAUCAUCUACAUCAACGAGAAGGAGGGCGGAGCCAACAACCACCUGCUGCAGAACAUGAAGAAGGCCGUGGAUGAGAACGCCAAGCUGGCUCCAGAAACCAAAGCAGUGAUCCACUGGAUCAUGGACAUCCCCUUCGUCCUGUCUGCCAACCUGCACGGAGGAGACGUGGUGGCCAACUACCCCUACGACGAAACCCGCACUGGCUCCACCCACGAGUACAGCGCCAGUCCCGACGACGUGACGUUCAAGUCCCUGGCGCGGGCCUACUCCAUGUUCAACCCCGUCAUGUCGGACCCCCAGAGAGCACCCUGCCGCAAGAAUGACGACGACUCCAGCUUCACCGAGGGCAUCACCAACGGAGGGGCCUGGUACAGCGUGCCUGGGGGCAUGCAGGAUUUCAACUACCUGAGCAGUAACUGUUUUGAGAUCACUCUGGAGCUGAGCUGUGACAAGUUCCCAGCUGAGGACACUCUGAAAACCUACUGGGAGCAGAAUCGCAACUCCCUGGUGAACUACAUAGAGCAGGUCCACCGUGGUGUAAAGGGCUUUGUGCGUGACCUUCAGGGGAACCCCAUUUCUAACGCCUCCAUCUCUGUGGAGGGCAUUGACCAUGACAUCACCACAGCCAAAGACGGUGAUUACUGGCGCCUGUUGGCACCUGGAAACUACAAGAUAUCAGCCUCGGCUCCAGGUUAUCUCACCAUCAUCAAGAAGGUGGCCGUUGCCUUCAGCCCAGCAGUCAGGGUUGAUUUUGAGCUGGAGUCCCUUGUGGAGAGGAAGGAGGAGGAAAAAGAGGAGCUGAUGGACUGGUGGAAGAUGAUGUCAGAGACACUGAACUUCUAACUGUUCUCAUUGGUUGAUACGAACAUCCAUUUAUCGGUGUAAUAUAUUCUGCAUUCUGUGUGUCUGCCUACCCAUUGUAAAAAAAUGUCUAUAUUUGUUUCUGCUUUGUUUGUAAUCAUUAUUUAAUGGGUUUUAAUUGUUGUUAUUGUGAUGGGUUUACCCUGUACUGCCUGUUGGUUGACCUGAACACACAAACACCCACACGUGCACAAAACAGAAUCUCCUGGCAGUCUGCACAUGGGGGCGACAGCAAAAUCAUUAUUAGUCUAUUCCUAUGAUGUUGUGUUCUUUAUCGUACAUGUGAUCAGUACCAUGGCAUCCAUCUAUAUAGCCAAUGAGUGAUUGAGUAUUUCAUUAUGUAAAGGCAUUUUGACAUAUCUGUUUCUUCAGGCUUUAGUGCACUGCACACACACAUUUAUAGAGUAUGGUUUUCCUACUAAGGUCUACACAGGGAUCUGACACCCAAUGUUAAGCAAUGAAAGCAUUCACUACAGCAAAGCUUGUAACAUGUAUGUUAUAGAUGUUAAGAGUUAUGUUGGAUUUAUGUUUUUUUGAAACUGGAUGCAAAACAAACUUGAUUUUAGCACAAGAAUAAUGGUUAUGUAAUAUAUACUGUAUUUAGGAAUUAGGCAUUGAAGGAGAUAGCUGUUUUUGUAACACAUAAAGACCAAUACAAGGAUGUAUAUCUA